AUGUUUGAUUCUCUUAUACACUGUAACUCGUCUCUUAGUGAUAUAUCGAAAUACAACUAUCUAGUGAGUUUCUUACGAGGUCCUCCUUUAGCUUUGGUAUCUAGUACUCCACUUGCCAAUCAAAAUUAUAAUAUAGCAUAUCAAGCCUUAAAAAAUAAGUACGAUAAGAAACGUUUGAUUGCAAAAGCUCACUGGCAGGCUCUAGAAAAUAUUAAGCCCAUCUCUAACGAAAAUAAUCAUGAAGCUCUAAGAAAUAUGAUUGAUAUUUAUACUCGUUUAUCUAAAUUUUUCCUCCCCAUCCAAUUGUGUGGCAUCGGGAAAAAUAUUUCCAAAGGUUCUCACGGUGUUAGAUGCAACAUUAAACCUAUUGGAAAGUCUGAUCCGAUCUACUCCUUGGAGUUUAUUAUAUUAAACGAAAUUAGUGAUAAUUUACCGAUUAAUUCUCUUCCCGUUGAACAGUUCUCAAAGUUUUCUCAAUUGCCCUUAGCUGAUCCCAACUUUCACCUCUCUAAACCCGUAGAUAUACUUUUGGGUGCAGAUAUUUAUGGUUUCUUGAUAACAGGAAACAAACUCCUCUCAGAUCCAGAUCAACCCGUCGCUUUAGAAACUAUAUUUGGAUGGAUAAUUACAGGAAGAGUUAAAACAUCUAAUAACUCUGUAAAAACAAAUUAUGUCUGCGCUAAAGGCAAAGUAGCUCCACUCAAAAAAAUCUCAAUUCCAAGACUGGAACUCUGUGCAGCCUUACUUCUGACCAGGUUAAUUGAUUUCGUUAGAACUUCUCUUACUAAUAAACUUAUUAAUGUUAGUACGAUUAUAUGGUCCUACUCGAUGGUUGUUUUACAUUGGCUUAGAAGUGAACCAUAUAAGUGGAACACCUUUGUGAGCAAUCGAGUUUCCCAAAUUCAAGAGAAAUUACCUCCUUCUUGUUGGCGUCAUGUAGUCUCCAAAGACAACCCCGCUGAUCCAGGUUCUCGUGGUCUUCAACCUAGCGAGUUACUCGACAAUGCCUUAUGGUGGGCGGGACCUCCAUGGCUAAGUCAACCGGAAUCUUAUUGGCCGCAAUCACUUUUACUCUCCCCUGAAAUUGAAGAAGAACAACGAAAAGUUAUAUUGACAUGUACUUCACAGCCCUCAUUGUUUGAUACUCUCUUUGAAAAGUUCUCUUCUUUCUCUAAAAUUAUAAAUAUUGUCACGUUUUGCAGACGCUUUCUCUAUAAUACUCGACAUUCUAAAUCUCGUAAAACCUCUCCUCUCUCGAAAUUUGAAAUAAAUGAAACUCUAGAAUGUAUUAUUAAAUGUGUUCAAUCACAAUAUUAUGCUAGGGAAAUUCUCUUAAUAAAUAAUUGCAAAUCUCUACCUAAAUACUUAAGAAAAUUGACCCCCUUUAUCGACACCAAUGGAAUUCUUAGAGUUGGUGGUCGCUUGCGCAAUGCUUCUCUAAAUUUCUCUCAAAAACAUCCCGCACUCUUACCCAAUAAUCAUAAAUUUACUACUCUACUCAUAGAAUAUACUCAUAAACUCUAUUUGCAUCCCGGUCCCCAAACUCUUCACUAUAUUCUCGCUCAACAAUACUGGAUUGUUUCUGCUAGAAAAACAAUUCGUAGUGUUCUCUUUAAAUGUCCUCAAUGCUUUCGCGCUAAUCCAGUAAUGCCUCAGCCUCCUAUUAUGGGAGAUAUUCCUGCUGUAAGACUUUCUCAAGUAAAACCUUUCUCUGAAGUUGGAUGCGACUAUGGUGGUCCAUUCUCUUUAUUAAGAUAUCGUGCACGAGGUGCUAAGUCCUGUAAAGCCUAUAUUUGCUUAUUUGUGUGCAUGGCCACAAAGCUUUGCACUUAG